AUGGAGUCGAACAACUCCUCUUCGGUGGAAAGUGGCGGCGACUUACCAUCAGAGAGUUACUUCGACGUCAGUUACGACUCUUGUUUAAUCAGUCUUAGCGUCCUCAUCAUCGCCAUCAACCUGUUAGUGCUUGUGUUGUUCGUCAGAAGAAGACCUCUACGGACGAAAACGAACUUACUGCUGGUAAGUUUAAGCGUUUCUGAUCUAAUGAUGGGUCUUCUUGGGAUCCCAAUGAACACCGCUUGCAAUGCACUGGUCGGCUAUAAGAAUUUCUCAGGACUGUGCAUAACAUCAGCAGCUGUUUACAGGUUUAUUGCUGUAUCCACUAUAUUUCAUAUCCUUAUAAUUACCGGCGAAAGGUACGUUUCUGUGAUCUAUCCGUUUAGAUACAUGACUAUUGUGACCAAAAGAAGAACAGUUACCCUCAUAACCUCCGUGUGGUUCUUUUCCCUGUUCAUGGCGCUGAUACAACUUGCGUGGCAAGAACUAGACAACUUCACGUCUCGAAAUCCUACCAAACUUCGUUGGGGUCUGAUCUACAACAUGAUUGGAAUCGUUGUCUGUUUGUUGAUACCUUUAGCGCUCAUGUUGUUUUUUUACAUCCGAAUGUUUAAUGUGAUUCAUCAUCAAGCAAAACAAAUUAGGAAGCUGGAAACUUUUCAUGAGUUUCGCAGCCGAGGCAAACAUUUAGUAGCUGAAAAGCGAGCCAUAUCUAUCUUCGCUCUGAUGUUGGGAAUAUUUACGUGCUGCUGGUCCACUUGGUACAUAAGCCUGCUACAAGACUACCUCGGCACAGAUGUAUUCUACGCCAUACCGCCAGUAUGGCUGCUGGUCUUUGACUUUUUGCGAUUCUCUACUUCACUAGUUAAUCCGAUGUUGUAUACGUUCCUGAAACAAGAUUUUCGUCGUGAGUUGUGUUUGAUGAUUCCGUGUUUCAAGAAGAAGAGGAAGAAGAACGAGCGGUGUGAUCAAAGUACAAUAAUGGAAUCGCUAGUGUAA